AUGUACAAGUUGCUCGUCGCAUACAAUGAGCCGAAGGACCCUGCACACUUCCGGAAGUACUACGUCGAGACGCAUCUGCCGUUGGCAAGCAAACUCCCUGGACUCAAGGAGAGCCGAUAUUCAUUCGACGUGAAGCCCCUUGGGCCCGGCAAGGCGCCAUACUUCUGCAUCUUCGAGGCAGAGUUUGAGAGCGAGGCCGCGCUCAUGAGUGCUCUUGCGUCCAAAGAAGGACAGGCGGUCGCGGGUGACGUUGCUAACUACGCUUCGGGCGGUGUGACCAUGAUGCACUUCGCAUGUGAGCGCUAG